CAGCAAGUAACGAGCAAGGAUGGCAUUCAGCGUGCUAAACACGGUCGCAAAGCGUACCGCCGCCAAUGUUUAUGUAACCGGUGGUGGGCUGCUGAAAAAUGUCGCCGCUUUAUAUAAUGCGCGCCAACCAGCCCGUUCCGCCGGUAAAUGGUUCCCGGACGAGGAAUUUAUCGAACAGUUUAAGGGCCCGGUCAUGUACCCGGAUGAGGUGACCUCGCGCUGGAAGCUGCCACCGUGGAACAGCAAGAUCGCGCCGGUGGAGAAGACAGUGCGGAACCUAAGUCUUAACUUUGGCCCACAGCAUCCGGCCGCUCACGGUGUGUUACGGUUGGUUUUGGAGCUGGACGGUGAGACGGUUAUGCGAGCAGAUCCGCACAUCGGACUACUGCACCGAGGUACCGAGAAGCUGAUCGAGUACAAGACGUACACACAGGCGUUGCCGUACUUUGACCGUCUCGACUAUGUCUCGAUGAUGUGCAACGAGCAGUGCUACUCGCUCGCGGUCGAAAAGCUGCUCAACAUCGACAUACCAUUGCGGGCGAAGUACAUCCGGGUGCUGUUCGGUGAAAUAACCCGCAUCUUGAACCACAUCAUGGCAAUCGGUACGCACGCACUGGAUGUGGGCGCCCUGACACCCUUCUUCUGGCUGUUCGAGGAGCGCGAAAAGAUGAUGGAGUUCUACGAGCGUGUGUCCGGUGCCCGCAUGCACGCUGCCUACAUACGGCCCGGCGGUGUCUCGCAGGAUCUGCCGCUCGGUCUGCUGGACGACAUUUACGAGUUUGCGUCCAAGUUCGGUGAACGGCUGGAUGAGGUGGAGGAUGUGCUGACGACGAACCGCAUCUGGGUGCAGCGUACGGUUGACAUUGGCGUGGUGUCGGCGGAAGAUGCCCUCAACUACGGAUUCAGCGGGGUCAUGUUGCGCGGUUCCGGCAUUAAAUGGGAUCUGCGCAAGUCCCAACCGUACGAUGCGUACGAUUUGGUGGAGUUCGAUGUGCCGAUCGGUACGAAGGGUGAUUGUUACGAUCGCUAUUUGUGCCGCAUCGAGGAGAUGCGUCAGUCACUGCGCAUCAUCGAUCAGUGCCUGAACCAGAUGCCGGCCGGUGAGAUCAAGACGGACGAUGCAAAACUCACACCACCGUCCCGGGGUGAGAUGAAGCAUUCGAUGGAGGCGCUUAUUCAUCACUUCAAGCUGUUCACGCAAGGUUACCAGGUGCCGCCCGGUGCGACGUACACCGCGGUAGAAGCACCGAAGGGUGAAUUCGGUCUAUACCUGGUGUCGGACGGUUCCAGCCGACCGUACCGUUGCAAGAUUAAGGCGCCCGGAUUUGCUCAUCUGGCCGCGCUAGACAAGGUCGGCCGUCAUCACAUGCUGGCGGAUGUGGUGGCCAUCAUCGGUACGCUUGACGUUGUGUUCGGCGAGAUCGAUCGUUAA